ACCACGCAAACCUUAUCAUGGAUCACAUGGUCAAGAGUGACGGGGGCGCCUACCAGUGCUUUGUGCGCAACGAUAAGCUGUCUGCUCAAGACUAUGUCCAGGUGGUCCUUGAAGAUGGAACUCCCAAAAUCAUUUCUGCCUUUAGCGAGAAAGUGGUGAGCCCUGCAGAACCGGUGUCCCUCGUGUGCAAUGUGAAGGGGACACCCUUGCCCACGGUCACCUGGACCCUGGACGAUGACCCCAUCCUCAAGGGCAGUGGCCACCGCAUCAGCCAAAUGAUCACAUCUGAGGGGAACGUGGUCAGCUACCUGAACAUCUCCAGCUCCCAGGUCCGGGACGGGGGUGUCUACCGCUGCACCGCCAACAACUCGGCCGGAGUCGUCCUGUACCAGGCUCGAAUAAACGCCCUGCAAGCAUCAGACCGAUGAAAAACAUCACUGCAAUAGCCGGGCGGGACACAUACAUUCACUGCCGUGUGAUUGGCUAUCCAUAUUACUCCAUCAAGUGGUACAAGAACGCUAAUCUG